AUGCAUGCAUACAAAUAUCGAUACAUGCUGCACACUCCGCUUGGCAUGGUGCGCAUUGAAAUUUCAAUUGAACCUACGCUGGGCCGUCACUGCACAAUCAAACAACAAAAAAAGGAGCUAAAACAACUAAAAGCUCAAAACUGCAAUAACGUUUUCAACACCCAUAUCUCAAAACUGAGUAAAUUAAUUCGAGAGAGAUUGAGAUUAAAAUCCUCAAAGAAAACGUGCUCCGCAAUGGGUACAAACCAGUUCAACAACAAUUUCUGGAGGGCCUGCAAAUCAUCGUUUUCAUCAUCAACAAAUGUAGCUCCUCAAUAUAAUGUGGCCGACGGUGAAACCUUUUUCCGCAAUGGAUUGAUAGCCGACGCUCGAUCUUCAUUCCAAUUUCCAGAUUGGAUUCAUCCCCUGCCGGAACCGUCAGUUAAGGGUGACAUCGAUAAACCGACAUAUAAGGAAGUCGUUGCGAUUGUUCGAAGGUGCAAGGCCAAAGCCACACCUUGUCCGCUGGACUAA